AUGGCCCAGCAGGAGGACACCAUUAGCCACUUCUCCCACCCAGGGCACGAGCUCGUGAAGCGGCACUACACUGGGCCGUCGUUCCUCUGCGACAUGUGCUGGGAGCACCUGUCCGGCCCCGCCUACGGCUGCGGCGCCGGCUGCGACUUCUGCAUCCACGAGUCGUGCGCCGCCGACCCGCAGACGCUCAGCUCCGAGGCGCACCACGCGCACCCGCUCGUGCUCGUCCAGACCCGCCGCGACGUCGUGGCUCACAUCUGCGACGUCUGUGUCGGGGACUGCGCCGCGGGCUGCUUCCUCUAUCGCUGCCCGCCGUGCGGGUUCGACAUGCACCCGCGCUGCGCGCGGCUGCCCCAAGUCGUGCGUAGCUCGCGGCACUCGGGGCACGACCUCACGCUGGUCGUCGCCGAUGACGGCCGCUGUGCCGCCGCGUGCGGCGGCGGCGCCGCGGGGCGCGCGUGGUACUACCGCUGCACCGCGUGCAACGUCGACUUCCACGUGUCGUGUGCAGCGACCGUCGGCGACGACAAUAAUGGCGCUCGUCAAGCUGGCCACGACGCCAACAACGUUGUUGAACUGAUACAUCGUGCAGAUCCUGAGUCGUAUACGGUACGGAGAGACUACUUCUUCUAG